CUCUGAACCAUUUCAAUGACUCCCAGUUGGUACCGAGUGCAAAUAGUUUAUUCCAUUACAAAACGAAGUCCGAAACCAAUAUGUCGAUGAGGUAUACGCAUAUGCCUUGCGACUGAUGUCGGUCCCCUUGGGACCGGAAGCAUAUCGACACACAAGUUCUCUUCCGUCACAUCUAUUGCCCACUCUCCUUGUUCUCCGCCUUUUGAGAGUUUUCAAAAUAUCGUACUUCUGUCUCUUUCUCGAAGCUGUUGCCAAUGGACCGUCUCGACAACUUUUAACAAUAUAAAAGGGAAAUCAUCGAUACCAAGGGUCGCGUCAAGUAUUGUUGGUGAGGUGAUAAUAAAAGAGAUUAGGUGAAAGCUGCAUUCAGCGGCGUUGCAGCUUGUUGUGUCAUACGACUGAAGUCAGAUGAAGUAGCUAGGACAGGUUGCCGGAUAAUAAGUUGGCUACCGCCUGGGCAAGUAUAAUGUUGAAUCUUGAAAUGGAUUAGUUGAGUAUCAAGCAAGGUGGCUUGGUUGUUGGUUUAGAUAGGUAGGCACGUAUGUACGGUUUGCAACUAUCUUGUGUCGAGAUGGCAAUUACAUUGCCAAUGCUGCCAAGGGCCAGUUAACUGACACAGUGUAGGAUGCAACCCCGCACCCUCCAAUUCCGACCCCGCGAUGCAGAGGCAACGGAAGCCCACUUGCUCGCUGAAAACCCUUGCUGGUAGCUGAUCCGUGCUCUAUGACCCCUGCCAGCGGUCAGCUCCCCUGCCUCCGACUUGCCUCCGAACAAUCAUCCCCCAAAUCUCCUCAAAUUUUCCCGGUGGAACUUGUCACAUACGGUCUUGAGAUCCGUCCUUCGUCUGGUCAAGAGAGCAAUUGGUUGUUCUCGCAAUUGAUCAGGAAAGAUGGCGUCUCGUCGCCUCGUUUCCACCUCGCUAUGGCGGGCCGCCGCUGCCCCGGCCCAAGCGACAUCGCUCUCCGCCGCCGCACGAUGGAGCUCGACCACCAGCUCGACCUCUGCCAUUGCCUACAAGGCUCUUCGACGCCGCUCGGCGCCUCUGCCCGUGAGCGACAGCCCGCCCGCCUGGUCCGCCCAGGCAGCGGUCUCCAACAUCCUCUACGACAUGCCCUCGCCGUCGUCGCAGCCCCCGAAGCGUCACAUCCUCAACUGUCUUGUCCAAAACGAGCCUGGUGUGCUGUCCCGCGUCUCGGGCAUUCUCGCCGCGCGCGGUUUCAACAUCGACUCUCUUGUUGUCUGCAGCACCGAGGUCGAUGACCUGUCCCGCAUGACCAUCGUCCUGACCGGACAGGAUGGCGUUGUCGAGCAGGCCCGGCGCCAAUUGGAGGACCUCGUCCCCGUCUGGGCUGUGCUGGACUACACCAAUGCCGCUCUGGUCCAGCGCGAGCUUCUGCUGGCCAAGAUCAACAUUCUGGGACCCGAGUACUUCGAGGAGCUGCUCGCUCACCACCGUGAGAUGACAGCUGCCGAUGCCGACAGCGAGCACGCCCUCGAGGCUGAGCAGCAGUCGCUGGAGGAGGUCGCCAAGGACUUUCACCCCAGCAAACUUGCCGUCAGUCAGGCCCUGCGUCACAAGCACGAACAUCUCAAGUCCAUCACCUACUUCGCCCACCAGUUCGGAGGAAAGGUUCUGGAUAUCAGCACCAACAGCUGCAUUGUGGAAGUAUCCGCCAAGCCGUCUAGAAUCGACUCUUUCCUGAAGCUCAUCGGACCUUUCGGUAUCCUUGAGUCAGCCCGUACCGGUCUCAUGGCCCUGCCCCGUUCGCCGUUGUACGGACCCAACGAGGAGACGAUUCUGAAGGAGGCAGACGAGGUCGUUGACGCUAGCCAGCUUCCUCCCGGUUAAGCGAUUUUAUAUUAGAGAACAUCAGGCGUUGGUAAAAAGGGGUAUUGCCAUCUUUCAAUGCUACCAAGCUGCUAUUCAAUCUGUACCAUU